AGCCAUCAGUUUUCAAUGUUUAAUAGACUCUGGUCAACUUCACACUGAAGUCAUCUCAAUACUGUAGUAUAUUAUUUUUCCCAUAAUUUUACUGUAAAGUUAACCAAAAUAUAUGAUAAAAUGAGUAAAGGAGAAAUUGUCAUCUCUGGAAUUUCCGGUCGAUGGCCUAAAUCAGAUAAUUUAGAUGAGUUCUGGGAAAAUUUAAAGCAAUCGAAACCCAUGUAUGAAAAGGAGGAUUUUCCAUAUUCAAAAUUUUUUCCUGUCACCAGCCUAGCUAAAGGAUCUUUAAAAAAUGCUAGACUUUUCGAUGCUCAAUUCUUCGGAUAUUCCGAUCGUGAUGCUGCUGAUCUUGAUGCUCAAUUCAGAAUCCUCCAUGAAACCGUCUACGAAAGUCUUUGGGACGCAGGAAUUCAACCAGAUGAUUGGAGGUCAACACGAACUGGAUUUUAUGUUGGAUCAUUUACCGAUGAUGCUGACACAGUGGUUAAUCCCGACAAACGUGUUGACUUUAUUCAAUUACUGGCGUCCAGGAUUCCAUACGCAUUUGAUUUCAUUGGUCCAACUCUUCAAGUUGACACGGCUUGUGCAGCAUCUCUAACCGCUCUCCACGAAGCUUACUUGGCUUUGAAAAGAGGACAAUGUGAACGAGCUAUUGUAGCCGGUGUAGCUGUUCACCAAAGAUUCGGUAUCAACAUCGAAGGAAGAGAACUGGAUGUGCUUUCAAAGUCAGGUAAAUCGCGAUGUCUUGAUGUUGAUGCUGACGGUUAUGUCAGAUGUGAAGCAGUAAUUUCACUUGUACUCCAGUGGUCGUCACAAGCUAAACGAACCUAUGCAACCAUAUUGGGUAGUUCAACAAAUGCUGAUGGCUAUAAAGUGACCGGUAUCACAGCUCCUGGAGCAGCAACUCAAGCCAUCUUAAUGAGAACGGCCCUGUCUGCGGCAUCAAUUGACCCUAUGGAUGUUGAUUAUAUUGAAGGCCACAUAACAUCAACUCAAGCUGGUGAUGUUGCUGAAUGUGAAUCUAUACUAGAAGCUUAUCGAGGAAAUAGCGAUAAACCAAUUACUGUUGGAUGUGUUAAAUCAUUUAUAGGCCAUUCUGAAGGAGCUUCAGGGUUAACUGCUGUGGCUAAAGUGGUGAAAAUAUUUCAAAAUAAACUAAUUCCUGCUGAUAUUGGUUUAACCAAUCCAAACCCAAAGAUCGCUGGGUUAUUUGAUGGUAGAUUGGUUCCAGUAUCCAAACCCAUCAAUUUUACUGGAAAAUAUAUUGGAAUCAACUCAUUUGGAUAUGGUGGUGCUAACGCUCAUGUAAUUGUAACCUGCAAUGCUCCUGAAUACAAAUCAAACAAUUCUGUUUCGCAUAAUGGAUAUCGAUUGGUUUGCUUUUGUAAUCGAACCAUGGAAGGAAUCGACAAGAUGAUUAACUGGCUACAACAUGAACCGAAAGCAACUCGAUCUGAUUGUCUGUCAUUGUUGGAUGAUCUUGCAACAAUUAAACCCUCGACCGGAAUGGUUGCUCGAGGUUAUGUUAUACUUAAUAAACAACAAGCUAUUAUUGCUCAGGAUAAAGCAAUUGUGACCCAAAUGGAAUCAACAUUGACUGUUUCACUUGACGCUUCGCUAAAAAAUUAUUUAAAAACGUUAACUGCUUUCAAACCGUUUAAAAACUCUAUUGAUGCUUCAAUUAAAUGUCUCAAGAAAAGUGAUGUUUCUGACUUAUCACCUGAUUCGCUGGUUAUUUUAACUUUUAUUGGAAUUAUCGAUCUGCUUAAAUCGUUGAACUUAUCAUUUAAUUUACUUGAUUGUAAUUUAGCUUAUCAGCAGGCAGUAAUCAAAUAUCUAGAAGGAAAGUUGUCCCGAAAUGAAAUAAUCAGUUCAACAAUGAAAGAAAUGCAAUUGAAUGGAAAGUUAAAACAGACCAACAAAUCACACGAAGAUCGUUCGUCAACAGUUAAAGUAUCUUCUUCACCUCCACAAUCAUCAUCAUCGGUGAUGUUAAACCUUGGGUCAAAUCUAAUUUUGUCUCAAAAUGGAAACAUUAUAUUCCAAUCUUCAAAUCUUAAUGAACCCAAUCUUUGGUUAGAAGCCUUUCAUUCUGCCUUGGGAACAGUUUAUCUUCUUGGUUGCCAAAUUAGAUUGUCUUCACUGUAUCCAACCUACAAUUAUCCAGUGUCUCGUGAUUGUCCAUCAUUAGCAGGUUUAAUUAGCUGGUCACAUACAGUUCAAUAUCCAACCAUUGAUAGAUUUAACCAUUAUGCUGAUUUACCCAAGAAAACAGAUCAUAAAAUCGACUUGUUGGAUCCAGAAUAUUUCUCUGUCAGUGAUCACAUUAUAGAUGAUCGAGUAGUUUUCCCAGCUACUGGAUACAUCCAUUUGAUUCGUAAACAUUUAUCUUCAAUUUACUUGGGAGCAUUCAUGGAUCCGUUUGACGUUUCAUUCAGAGUGUGGAAUGUUACAAUCAACCGAGCAGUUUUCAUCACUGAUCCAAUAGUUUUCACAGUAGUCUAUGAUCCAGACAGUAAAGCUUUUGAAAUAAUAACUUCAGGAAAUAUUAUUGCCACUGGAUCAGCUUCACUUCUUGACUUAAGCUCUUGGAGUGCCCAAGAAAGAGACGAUUAUCGUUAUAAUAAAACAAUCGAAAGUGAAGACAUGGAAUUAAAUCGUGAAGAGUUUUACCAAGAAAUGACUAUAUUGGGUUAUCGUUAUCAAUCCAGCUAUCAAAAUGUUUCAUCAGUAAAAAUAGUUCGAUCCAGUGCUGUCCUCAGUUAUACUAAAAAUUGGAUGGCGUUAGCUGAUUGUUUCUUUCAACUGGAAGCUUUCUGGUCAAAUGAGAGAAAAUUAUUGGUACCAACGAAAAUCAGUGAAUUACGAUUCGAUGCUGAUUUAUUUAAAUCACACUUAACAUCCGAACAAGAAUUUAUUAAAGUCUAUUCUACUAGACCUGGUUUGAUUGGUACAAGUGGUCUGAUCAUUGAUGGAAUGGAGGUGAAAGAAUUUCCUAUCAAAGGUCAAAAGGAUCGAUUACGAAUCGGUCAACAAGCAUUUACUCCCUUUGAUAGUUUGAUUGAUGUCGAUGAACAGUUGGUUAAACUGAGGACAAGGUAUUGCGAGUUUAAUGCAAAAUUAUUACAAAAAGAUGUAUCACACAUUGAUUUGGAGGAAAUUAAAACUCUUUCUGAGUCAAUACCAGCUGAAUACAACCAAAAUAUUCUCAAACUGCAAAAAAAUCCUUUAAAUAUCCUAAACAGAGUUGAUUUCUUUCUCAAUGAAUUGAAAGAUAAUCAAAAUGAAAAUAUUUUCGAUGAUUUGAUUACCUUGAUACCGGCUGAUUGUGUUCAUCCUCUAAUUGAUUUGGUUGCAGACAACAAUCGGAAAGAAGCAAAGAUAACAAUUCAAAAUUAUGCUUUUAGCUCUCAAAUGUUGAAAAAAUAUAUUCAACAACAAUUCAGUGCGAUUGGUAAAAACUGUGUCUUUGUGGAUGGAAAAACUGAUAAAUUAAACAAACCUGCUGAUUCUAAACCUGGAACUGAAAUGACCCUGACUGUCUACAAGCAUAAAUCAUUAGAUUUAAUGGCUGGCUCACUAUAUUCAGAUUAUUGCGAAUCUUCAAUUGUGUCUACAAUGAGAGGCAAAUUUUGUCUAAUUUUGACUCGAGAAAAGCUAACCUCGACAGAAGAGCAACUUGCUGAUGUUUGUCAGUUAAAAAUUGAAGUUGAUCCAUCAAUAUCCACAAAACUGAGUGGAUUAAUGGAAAAAUCAAAUUAUAUUCAAAUUGGAUCAACUUUUUGUAAAGAAACAGGUUUAAGAUGUAUUUUAUACCGACGUAAGCCUACAGAUUUAACCAAGCCUCAUCGUAUAAUUAAAAUAAACGGUUCAUCUGAUUGCUCUUGGUUUGACGAGAUUAAGAAAACUGUUGACAAUUCAAUUAAUGAUAUAAGUCGCCUUUGGCUGGUUGCUGAUGACUCUUAUCAAAAUGGUAUACUUGGAUUAGCCAGUUGUCUCGCAUUAGAACCAGAGUUGAAUAAAAUUCGUUGUAUAUUUACUCCUGGCAAGUCUUUUAAUGAAACGGAUCUAACCCAAUCUUUGAUUGACCGCGAUUUAUUGAUCAACACUUGUCUGGAUGGAGUUUGGGGUUUUCACCGCAUUUCCGUCUUAUCACCUGAAAAGGAACAAAGAUUCACUACUUCAGAGUAUGUUUACUUGAAAUCAAUUUCCAGGAGUGUUCAAUGGCUACAAGAUGAUACUUUGAUUACAGACUUGAAAAAUAAUCCAUCGCUAGCUAAUGAGCUAAUUACAGUUGCCUAUUCAAGUAUUAACUUUCGUGAUGUUAUGGUAGCAAAUGAACUGAUGCCACCCAACGCUUAUCCCCAUAAACUACUUUUCCGCUUAGGAAUGGAGUUUUCAGGCUAUUCAGCCACCGGUCAACGAAUAAUGGGAAUUGUUGGUGGUAACGGUUUCGCAAGCUUCAUCGAUCCAAAAUCUUCACCAUUUUUGUUUACUCUCCCAGUACCCGAUUCUUGGUCUUUGGCUCAAGCAGCAACUGUACCCAUAUGUUAUGGGACAGUUAUCUAUGCUUUGAUUAUGAGGGGAAAAUUAGAGCCUGGAGAAACUGUACUCAUCCAUGCUGGUUCUGGUGGUGUUGGUCUUGCGGCAAUAUCCAUUUGUUUGUCUCUUGGCUGUAAAAUAUUUACAACUGUUUCCUCAGCUAAAAAGCGAAAGAUGGUUCAGCGGAUGUUUCCACAAUUGACUGAUGAUUGCUUUGCUGAUUCUCGGAGUACUUCUUUUGAAGAGUAUAUCUUGCGUAAAACCAAUGGUCGGGGUGUUGAUGUUGUCCUCAACUCUUUGAUUCGUGAAAAACUGGACGCUGGUUUACAAGUGUUGGCUGAUCAUGGACGUUUCCUAGAUUUAUCCAAGGUCGAUAUUUAUGCAGACAAAAAAAUAGAAAAAAAUGUUUUUGAACCUCUGUUCUCAGACCAAACAAUAUUACGGCCCAAUAUAGCAAUCCACUCUAUUUGUUUGGCAACAUUUUUAUUUUCCAAGAAAGCUAAUGAAGUUGAUCGCCUCACUCGAAUAUUUAUGGAUGGAAUGGCUGAUGGUUCGGUCAUUCCUUUACCUUACAAAACAUAUAAUCAUUCAGAAGUAUCUACUGCUUUCAGUGACAUGAUGUCUGCCAAACAUAUUGGCAAAUUAAUUGUAGAAGUGCGCGGUGAAUCAAAUCCGACCACUAACCAUUCAACACAAGAUAACAAAUCAAUGCUCGAAAAACCUGGGUUUUCAAUCCCUUGUUUAAAACAAACCAUUUUUGAUUCAGAAAAGGUUUACAUGAUUAUUGGUGGUUUGGGAGGAAUGGGUCUUGAAAUGGCACUUUGGAUGGUUGAGCGAAACGUUCGGAAAUUAGUUAUUACCUCAAGAUCGGGGAUUAAAACAAAUUACCAACGAUAUGUGAUAAGAAAGAUAAAAUCUGUUCCAAAUACAAGGGUUGAAAUAAGCCGUUUGGACGCAUCUCAUUACAAAUCAGCGAUUCGAUUGAUUAGGGAGGCCUCAAGAUUGGGUCCUAUUGGUGGUAUUUUUAAUCUAGCAGUAGUUCUUCGUGAUGGUCUUUUUCAAAAUCAAACUCUCGAUGCUUUUAAAACUGUCUGUUUGCCCAAGAUUGAAAUAACUCGAAAUUUGGAUAUUUUAAGUCGUGAAAACUGUAAACAUCUCGAUUAUUUUGUCACUUUUUCAUCCAUUGCUUCUCUUGGUAAUUUGGGACAAUCUAAUUAUGGUUACGCUAACAGUUUUAUGGAAAGAUUGUGUGAAAAUAGACGGAAAGAUGGACUACCAGGAUUAGCUAUCCAGUGGGGUCCAGUAGAUGAUGUUGGUAUUGCUGUUCGUACUUUAGGUGAAAAAAAAUCUGUAGGUGGCUUUGAGCCCCAAAGAAUACGAUCAUGUCUAGAGAUGUUGAACUUUUUCCUUGGAUCUACAGUCUCUGUAGCCUUUUCAGCCAUUCCAGUGGUUGAGAAUGAACAAAGUGACCCACAAGAUGCAUUGCUUCGUGUCUCACGAAUCCUAGGGGUUAAAGAUAUUCGAGUAAUAAACUUGAAGCUUCGCCUUCGUGAUCUUGGUAUGGACUCAGUGCAAGCAAUUGAAGUCAGAGAAUACCUUGAAAAUACUUACAAUUUAUCCUUUGCGGCUGCAUCAAUCUAUGACUUGACUCUUGAAAAUUUGGUUAAAAUUGCUGCUGUAGAGAUAAGUUCAGUUGAAGAGGAAUUCAAAGAUUUAGACAAAAUUUUCAGACCGCUCAAAACGACUGGUCCAAGGCCUGUCUUCUUCUUCCCGCCUGCAAUAUUUGAUUUCCUUGGUAUGCUUCCCUUGGCUCGAGGUCUUGAACGUCAAGUUUUUGGCAUUGAUUUCACUGAUGAUGCAGAUAUAGUUAAAAGCUGGGAAACUCUUACUGAUUACUAUUGUGCACGGAUUUUGGAACAAUGGCCAUCUGAACCAAGUUAUGAUUUCGUCUCUUAUUCACUUGGAGCUGCGUUUGCUUUUGAGGUGGGCCGAAAGAUUCAAUCGAUUCGCGGUCCAAAUGCAGUCAAUCGUAUCGUCUUCAUUGAUUCAACUCCCUUUGGUAUACAACAAGCGCUCUCAUGGUCAACCAAGAUUGCUGAAAAGGUUGGCAACGUACAUAUCGAUAAAGAAACUUUACUUGCUUUCCUCAGGCGUAUGGACCGAAAACAGGGUAAUUCAUGGCGAUCUCGAGUUUACAAGACUACUCAACAGGCAUCCAGCUCUGAUCUCAUGGAGGAUGUAUUGUUUAGCAAGUAUCAAUAUAUUUCUCAGAUGAAAAUCGAGCCCAGAUUGAAAGCAGAUGCUCUCUUCUUCAAAUGUAAACAUGCUAUUUCAGCAUUCGAAGGAAGUAUUACUGUUUCCCUUGACAAGUCAAUCGAUGGCAAUAUCAAGACCAUAAUGUUGGACUCUAACCAUGCCGAAGUGAUAAACCAAUGUAAAGAUUUACUAAUUGCCGAGUGCAAUGCAUUUCUUGCUGUUUAGUUAAACAUGAUCAAGACUGUAUUUCAAUCUUUAACUGCUGAUCACUUUUGUUAUGGGUUCAUCAGAGGUGGAAUCAAUCAGCUUCAGCGACAUAACUAAUAAAUUGAUUCAAUCAUGAUCAAGUGGUGGUUUCAUUUUACAUACUGUGACUGAUGAAUACUUAUUGCAAACAACCAAUAUUUAAUCAUCUUAAUGUUUUUACUGUCUUACCUGGUUUUAUAUUUCCAAUUAACCGUAAUUGCUUACAAGUGUAUCCAUGAUUAGUCUUGACUGGUUUACAAUUAUGCUACUGUUUGAAAUCAAAUUUCAAUUGAUACCAAUGAUAAAUUGUGUUAAUGUUCACGUAAUAAUCAAUUGAUAUUAUUUUGUCUGUUAUAAUGUAGAAGCUGAAGAAGCUUCAAAAUUUGAUAAAACCUCUUUAUAGUGGACUGUAACUGGACUUUGGCUUUUUUUAAUCUUAAGAUGAUUGAAAUUGGUAAAAUGAUGAAAAUUGAA